AUGUCUCUCCCCUGGAAACGUUUAAUUCGAUUCCGGGCCCUCGGUGGCCGGAUUCUGCGCGGCGAGCCAAUCUUGCCAGCCGAUGAAGAAGUUGAUUUGGGGCUCACUGCCAACGCUGAUCAGCUUCAAGCCAGAGUGAUCAGUGGAAGUGAUAUCUACGACGUUACUGGCACGACCCAGGUGACGGGCGAGGUCGUGACUGUGGAACGGAUCCUAUCGCCACUUGCACAAAGCGAUAUUCCCAUUUUGCGUUGUGUGGGCCUCAAUUACGCUAAGCACAUACGGGAAGCCGGACGCAAGCCGCCGCCAUUUCCUUUCAUCUUCUUCAAGCCAAACACCUGUGUCCAUGAUCACGGUGAGCCAGUCGUCAUUCCAAAGAUUGCGCAGAAUGAUCAGGCGGACUAUGAGGGAGAAUUGUGCUUGGUGAUCGGCAAAGAUGCUAAAGACGUCCCCGUCGAGUCCGCUCUCGACUAUGUCUCGGCCUACACAGUCGGCAAUGACAUCUCGUCUCGCAAACUCCAACGCGAUCCCGCGUACGCCGGCGUAGUCCCUCAAUGGGGCUUCUCCAAAGGCUUCGACACAUUUGCUCCCUUGGGGCCUGUUCUGGUCGCUGCAUCAGAGAUUCCCGAUCCGUCCCAGUUACAGUUGAAAACCAUUGUCGAUGGAGAGGUGCGCCAGGAGGAGUCUGUAGGAGAUCUGUUGUUUGACUGCAAGUACUUGAUCUCGUACCUGUCGCAGGGGACAACACUGCAGAAGGGGAGCGUUAUCAUGACGGGAACACCUGGGGGUGUUGGCGCGGGCCUCACGCCCCCGAAGUGGCUGAUCCCAGGGACCCAGAUGGAUGUACAGAUCUCGCAGAUUGGAACGUUGCGGAACAAUGUUGUCUUUGCGUAGAUAAGAGGAUCUCCUCGCCUGAAGCAUGAUAUAGAUAGACUAUGGCCGGCUAAAUGUCAAGGAAUGAGAUGAAUUGUCUGCAUUACGGGCCACGACCAGGCACAGUAUCCUAUACAGCCAGAAUUACAGAUUGUCAACAGGUGUUUGGUAGCUAGGGUAUCUCAUUUCCUGUCAAAUGUUAUAUAGAAAUACAAUUUCUU